CUCCCAGUUUCUCCAGUCACACAAACCUCCUACCCAUGAAACAGCGGAGAGGGAAUGAGGGAUUGAUACCACAUUGCGGUGAUAACCACCAACCAACAUUUGAAGAGAAGUCCUUCAGCAUUUCGACGGCAAGGUGGGCAGAGUGUCGGUAAUAGCUGAUGAGGUGAAGAAAGGCACACGAGGCCACUUCACCUACUGUCAAUUGGCCCUCACGCAGAGUGACCCUGUUGCCUACUUUGUCCCCACAUCACUUCAAGAGGAGGCUUGGCUCCCUCUGGGUGCAAGAAACACCAUGUGCCAAAACUGGAGAGGACUUACCACUGCCCCAUAGACCACCAAACCUCUUGUGAACCUUUCCCUCUAGUCUGAGGACCCUCCUAAUCCUCCACACUGCCCACAUGGCCAAGAUGAAGAAGGUGGCAACAUGGUCAGCAGAGGAUGUCUCUGACUGGCUCAGCAAAGAGGGGAUGCUGGAGUACAUAGAUGCCCUCCGUCAGACGGACGGCCCUGCUCUGCUCAACCUCAACAAGGCAGAUUUCCAGAUUCUUCCCCUCUCGCUGGUGUCGUCUGAUUGCGGGCAGCAGCUGUUGGAGCGACUGGAGACGCUGCGGAUAGAGACUCAUAUUGAGGAUCACAAAAACGGGCACGCGAACGGGCAUGCUGGUGGGCUACCUAAUGGAACUAGCAAGCCUCAGAGGAAUGGCACAUUGGGGAUGAAGGACUUCAGGAUGGAGAUGGUCCACAUCCCCAUCCCUACAAUAGAAACGACGCGCACCUCGUUCCCUGCCGAGUGGGGAAAGACGGGCAUAGCGUUUGUCUAUGCGGUGGUGUGCUUCGUUACCACCACUGUCGUCAUUUCAGUGGUCCAUGAAAGAGUACCGCCAAAGGAGCACACCCCACCACUGCCUGAUAAAUUCUUCGACCUGUUUAACAGGGUGGAGUGGGCCUUCUCCAUCUGUGAGAUUAACGGCAUGCUGCUCGUGGGACUCUGGCUGAUACAGUGGAUUCUACUUAAGCACAGAUCAAUUAUAGGCAGGCGAUUCUUUUUCAUUGUGGGCACACUCUAUCUGUACCGGUGUAUUACAAUGUACAUCACCACUCUGCCGGUUCCUGGGAUGCACUUCAAAUGCUCUCCAAAGCUUCUCGGGAACUGGGAGGCACAGGCAAGGAGAAUAAUGAAGAUGAUUGCUGGUGGGGGCCUAUCCAUCACAGGUUCCCACACCAUGUGUGGAGAUUAUCUGUACAGUGGCCACACAGUCAUGUUAACGCUAACGUACCUCUUCAUCAAAGAGUAUUCCCCCAAGCGGUUCUGGUGGUACCAAUGGUUUUGUUGGACAUUGAGCGCUGUAGGGAUUUUUUGCAUCCUUCUUGCCCAUGACCACUACACUGUGGAUGUGGUGGUUGCAUACUUUAUCACUACACGCCUCUUUUGGUGGUACCACACUAUGGCUAACCAGCAGUCGUUGAAGGAGACGUCGCAGGGUAACCCGUUCUCGCGGGUUUGGUGGUACAGACUGUUCAAAUACUUUGAAGAGAACGUCAACGGCACGGUCCCUCGUAACUAUCAGCUGCCGUUGUUAUGGCGAUCGUUGCAGUGGAACCGCGGUGUGAAGUACAGCAAACUGGAAAUCCAGUGAGGACUAGGAUUAUGACUUCCAUAAGUGCUGUUUUUACCCAUGGAACAUGGCACUGUUAAAUGUAGCGCUGUCCUUUCACCUCUAGUAACAGACACAUCCCUGUCCAAAUGGGUAGCACUGUGACCCACCUAGUAUUUUUGUGUGUAUAUGUGUAUACAUAUAUAUUAUCAUAUUUUCUCUUUUCCUCUUUCUCUUCUGGUAGAUUUUGCCAACACAGAGCACUAAUAUAUGUUUUGUGUCUUUUUCCUUUUCGUGGGCCACAACAGUUUAUGAAGCAUUUUGACAAACUAAAGCUCAAAGAAUUUUUUUUUUCCCCUCUCUGCACAAAACCAUAAGUAAUGUCCUCAUGUUCUUACUAGAUUUUUAGUGCAAAUGGUGUUAAUCAAAUGCUCAUUUGAUAACCAAAAUUCCAUAAGUAUUUCUUUUUUUUUUUUUUUUUUUUUUUUUUAUAUAGCAAAUUACUUUUUUUAAACUUUCCUUGCUAAAAUGAGUCAAAGGUGCAAAAAAUAUUUUUAAGUAUGUCAAACUUUAUUUUUCAAAAACUAAUGAUGUCCAACAAAAUAUUUUUAGAUUUUUACCUUUUUCAACAUGAAUAAUUGAGAGCAUAAGAAUCGAAUGUGGUAUAACGUUAUUCCAGUGCCUUUCUUAGCUUGAUUGUAAAACCGUUCAAGUACUAUGUGUCUUGUCUCUCUGCCGCGGGUGUGACCUCGCUGUGGUACGGGGUGGUACAUAGUUAACAGUCUCGUUCCCAUGAAUGUAAAAACGACUACGCCACAGCCUUACCAGAAAAUCUGUGUUCCCAAAAAGAAGUGCAGUGAAAUAUCCUGUUUAUUUAUUAAUGCUUUACAAUGUCGGUUUGUGCUUAGUUUGUUAAUGCUGUUCUAAUAGAAAAUAAUGACUGUUAAUUGUAUUCUUUUUUUUUUUUUUUUUUAUAAAUGUCUAACAUUUCAUUUUUACCAAUCAGUCUUUUACCAACACAAGUCAUGUUCAUAGCCCGAUCACUGGACUUCAGUUGUCUGCUAAUUUUACUUUCCACCUCUAAAUUAUCUGCAUCUUAUCACUGCCUGAUUGGAAAUUGGAGAAGACAUGUGUCUAAUACCACUUUCACUUCGUGGGCUCAACCAGGGUUGACUUGUGUUUUGAAAGGGUUAUCCUGCGUUGAUUGACUCUGCGUCAUGACCCAGGUCUAGAGGUCGGUUGGACAUGGGCCGUUUUCAGUGUAAACUGCACACAACCAGUGUCGCUAACAAUCUGGGCGGCACAAAUUGUAGUUGGUUGUCAGUCAUCUCAUCCGAUCAGUCCACAAUACACAUAGGGCUGUCAAAACUGGCUAAAAUGGCGUUCAACAGGGGUUGAUGCAUAGACUGUAAAAAUAAAGCCAAAACCGUAUAGGUCAUAAAUCCCACCACCUCAAUGUUGGCAGAUGGGACAUGGGCCAAGCUAAAAAAAAAAAUUGUUUGUUCAAAUGUUGAUUUUCUUACAUCAGAUGACAGACCAGGAGUUGUAAUUCCACUGUUUGGCCACUAUGUUCCAUAUGCAUAUCCUGGGGGCCUGCUGUACCCUUUUGAUGAAUAAUAAAACCUGGAUACAGCUUUGAGGUGGAGCCCUGUUAAUUACUAAAAGAGUUGCACAUGAAGCCUCCAUGGAGUGAAAAAUUAUCCAGAUGAUCUCGCUGCUUCCGCACCGUGGAAUGGUCCAUAGAGUAGGUGUACUAGAGACCUCUGCCAGCUGAGCCGGCGACUUCCAGUUUAGCUCUCCAUUAAAUUGAAUGUGGAUUAAAUGAUUUAAUCGUGCAGCUCUUCUAGACUUUCCGAAUGUUAUCGGACCGAAUGGAACAAAUUCUGAUAGUGAAAGGAGUCAUUUCGCUGGGGUUGUAUGAUGCUUAAAAAAAAAGAAAAAAUGUAUUUCCUGAUUUACACAUCUCUUUCGCCAUGCAAGUCGAUCGGCAUUUUUUUUUUUGCCAGAGCGCAUCACGUGACUGUCCAGGAGUUGCAAUUCUGCUGUUGAACUGCAAUGUUCAGUUUGCUUCAAACCCUGGGGCACUGCCUGGGUGCCUGCCGUAUCUGUAAUAAUUUGGCUAACUUUUGUACAGCGGGAGGAAGUGGAGAUGCGUCGUCCAUCUUUAUACAGUCAAUGGAUUCAACCUAUUGGAACAUCUAUUUUUGCAAAUUAUGUCUAUAAGGGGGCCAAUGUACGAGAUGCAUAACUACCUGUGUAGGUAUAUUUAUUUCAACAUAACCACAAACAUGCAUAAUCAACUAAUAUAAUAAUGGCCUAUAUCAUAAAACUCUCCCUCUGCACUCUGGUUGGUGCUAGACUGAGAACUGAGCCCCCUUGCAUGCCCCUAGCAAGCCAGCCAGCCAGCCAGCCAGCUGUCUGUCCACUAAAUUGAUCAAAUGUAACCACUUGUUUCAUUCACAUACUCUUGUCACAGUGUAUCAAAGCCCAUUGCUAUCGCCAGAUGAGUGACAACUUAGUUUGGCUCGCUGUCUUUAACCAGCGUAGCAUGAAGGCAUGUUGAGUGGAAUUAGCAAGCUAGCUAACUCGCCAGCCGGCCACAGCUGGCUGCUCGGUCCCACAGCGCAAUGGUGUUGCAGUUGAUAUAAGCUCCCUCUGAAAACCCAGCUUUAGAAAAUAAACUUAUGAAAAUAAGUGUUUUGUAUAAUUCUCUCAUCUACGGCACCGCCACGCUCUCUUUCCGGUCGCCCGAGACACAGGUCUGCAGCCGGCGAGAAUCUCUUUUGUAAGAUGAGUCGGCAAGCCUAACUUUACUCUUAUUGUUAUGAAACUUUGUCCUAAAAUGGUCAUCUAACUAGCCUACUUCCCUUCUUUACUGCUACUGUUGAGUGUUUGAAGGUCAUAUGUGUUUUAUAACGUAAUUGCUGUGAAACAAUCAUAAAAUAAGCUUUAAUUUUUCUUAUUCACAGCUCGUUCCGCGCUCUCUUUCUCUCUCUGUCUGUCUGCUCGCCCGAGCUCGCACCACACGUCUCUGCAGCACACAUUACAAACUGCAGGCCCACUUUACAAUAAGGAAUUCAAGUACAAAACACCAGUCCUUGUGGUGUGCAGCUGGACUGUGUGACGUUGGCCGUUCACUGAAUAUGUGAACGUAACCCCCCUCCCCGCCCAUUUCCAGCACGUGAGGUAGACCUAAUUAGUAUGGAUCGGUUGUAUCGGAGUUGUCGUGACCAGGGAUAAACGUGUUGACUGGCUUGGUUUGAAUUGACAAAAUAAGGGUUGAACACGGGUCAGAUAACCCCAGUCUGACCCUGGUCCUUGGUGUGAAAGAGGUAUUAGGUGCAGAGUUAAGUUAUUCUGGACCUGGAAAUGUCAUCUUUUGCUCAGGAUAUAACAAGACCCUCCCUUUUUCCCCACAUUGAGUCCCAUUUUGAAAUCUGAAUUAUCCUCAUUACUGUCUGGUCUUGUAACCUUUGUGGUGGUAAUGAGAUCUAGAGGAAAAUGUUCAAUGUCAACACGUGUGUUGAGUUUAGGGAAUGUCAAAGUUGUGAAAACAGAACCUUCAGGUAAAGUUUCUGAACAUGUCUGUAAUAAAUCUGUGUGCGUAUUUUGUGUGCUUCGUCUCGUACUAAAUCAAGCUGCUACCUUCCAGUUUGAAGACUGUCUGUCUGUCUGUCUAUCUUCUGUAUUGCCUCAAGUGCAAUGCCAAAACUAGAAGUAACUCAACAUGGAACUUGUGUGGGGAAGAAGCUGAAGCAUGAUGCACAGAGCUGGUGAUAUAUUUGACCAUAUGUAUGUGUUCAGUAUAACAUUAAUUUCCAUGAAUGUGAAAAUGCUUCCUUAUUGAUAAUCCUAAUGAUGUACAUGUUUUUUGUUUGUUUUUCUUUUUUGCUUUUCUUUGUGUAGCUAUGGCUGAAAUGUAAAGAAUAAGUAUUGCACAACUCAUCUAUAGGGAAAGAUUUUGUGAAUUCAAACGGAUUAGGUUUGAAGAGAAACUGCACUAAGCUUUAGAUUAUAUAAAUCCCAAAUAAAUAAUGAUGAUGUGAUUGAUUUCUUUAAACAUUGUCCAAAUGACAGGGUGAGAAAAUGACACUAUUUUCAACUCCUGAAGCGCAUACCUUUCAAUGCAAACAAGAGUCUUAAUGUUUGAGACAAAUGAGAGUCCAGGCUUGUCCUCCCUGUCCAAUCAUUUUUACUUUAGAGAACGGUUUCUCAGUUUUUAAGAGCACAGCAGGUUCCUCACAUUUGGCCAUAAUUUGAUAUGAGAUAAUAUUUGAAGUAACGGUCCAAACAUGGCUCUCUGUUUGAGGAUGAAGAUUAGAGUUUAGGUUUGUCUUCCAGUUUUUUUUUUUUUUUUUUUUUUUUUUUUAAACGUUUCUUAUCCUGUAUGUUCCUCUGUAAACUUCUCACCACAUUGUCUCUUUUCUCAGAUGUUUGUAAGAUAUCAUACGAGAUUGUACUUGGGAUGCUUUUGAAUAAAACCUUUUACUAAAAUGUA